ACGAGAGAUAACAAAGGCUCCGUUUCCUUUCUGUUAGAAAAGGCUUUUGCCUUUCCUCCUCCUACUAUGUCAGUAUCUGGCAAGAAAGAGUUUGAUGUGAAGCAGAUUCUAAGGCUACACUGGAGGUGGUUUAGUCAUCCCUCUCAAGGUUCCCUUAACAGUGGAAGCUGCCUUCAGCCGGAAGGAUAUGAGCAGAGAGGGACCUCAGUUCAGGGCAAGUUGAAGAACCACUCUCAGGACAGAAACAGACCAAAGAAAGGCAGCAGUUCGGUCCACCACAAUAUACUGGCACCAGUGACAAGACCGGGUCCUGUCCAUCAAACAACGCUUCAGAAAUGUCAAGAACAAAACUUGACAGAACAUCUUGAAGCAAAUGAAGAUACUCCUAAAGCAGUGACAAGGGAGAAUUUUUUCAAAGAAGCUCGUGAGAAACGCUCACAAAAUUUGGAGAUGAUGGCAGAUUACAAUAAAGAGGAUUCUAGUGCACGAUUAUAUACACAACAUCCCGAUGAAGUAAAUACUCCCAGGUCUGAAGAGCAUUUCCAUGCCAUAAAUCAUGCAGAGAAAACUCUCCAUAAAAUGGAGAACUACUUGAAAGAGAAAAAACUGUGUGAUGUGUUGCUCAUUGCUGGACAUCUUCGAAUUCCAGCUCACCGGUUGGUUCUUAGUGCAGUGUCUGAUUACUUUGCUGCAAUGUUUACUAAUGAUGUGCUUGAAGCCAACCAAGAAGAGGUCAGGAUGGAAGGGGUAGAUCCAAAUGCACUUAAAUCAUUGGUGCAAUAUGCUUACACAGGUGCUCUGCAAUUGAAAGAAGAGACUAUUGAAAAUUUACUGGCUGCAGCUUGUCUCCUGCAGUUGACACAAGUCAUUGAAGUCUGCUCCAGUUUCCUAAUAAAGCAGCUCCAUCCUUCAAACUGCUUAGGAAUUCGAUCAUUUGGAGAUACUCAGGGAUGUACAGAGCUCUUGAAUAUAGCACAUAAAUACACUAUGGAGCAUUUCAUUGAAGUUAUAAAGAAUCAAGAAUUUCUUCAGCUUCCAGCUAAUGAGAUUUCAAAGCUUCUGUGCAGUGACGAAAUUAAUGUGCCUGAUGAAGAAACUAUUUUCUAUGCUUUAAUGCAGUGGGUGAGCCAUGAUGCUCAGACAAGGCAAAGAGACCUGGCAAUAUUGCUUUCAUACAUCAGACUGCCAUUACUCCCACCACAGUUACUGGCAGAUCUUGAAAAUAGUUCCAUGUUUAGUGGAGAUCUUGAGUGUCAGAAACUCCUAAUGGAAGCUAUGAAGUAUCAUUUAUUACCUGAGAGAAGACUCAUGAUGCAAAGCCCUCGAACAAAGCCCAGAAAAUCCACUGUAGGGGCACUUUAUGCUGUGGGAGGCAUGGAUGCUAUGAAAGGUACCACUACAAUUGAAAAAUAUGACCUCAGGACCAACAGUUGGCUGCAUAUAGGCACCAUGAAUGGCCGUAGGCUUCAGUUUGGAGUUGCAGUUAUUGAUAAUAAGCUUUAUAUUGUGGGAGGAAGAGAUGGUUUAAAAACUUUGAAUACUGUAGAAUGUUUUAAUCCAGUGGCAAAAAUCUGGAUGUUGAUGCCUCCCAUGUCAACACAUAGACAUGGCUUAGGUGUAGUCACACUGGAAGGACCAAUGUAUGCUGUAGGUGGUCAUGAUGGUUGGAGCUAUCUAAAUACUGUGGAAAGAUGGGACCCUGAGGGACACCAAUGGAAUUAUGUGGCCAGUAUGUCAAUUCCUAGAAGUACAGUUGGUGUUGUUGCAUUAAACAACAGGAUAUAUGCUAUUGGUGGACGUGAUGGAAGCUCCUGCCUCAAAUCAGUGGAAUACUUUGACCCACACACUAACAAGUGGAAUCUGUGUGCUCCAAUGUCCAAGAGACGUGGAGGUGUGGGCGUUGCAACAUAUAAUGGAUUCUUAUAUGUUGUAGGGGGUCAUGAUGCUCCUGCUUCUAAUCAUUGCUCUAGGCUUUCUGACUGUGUGGAACGAUAUGAUCCAAAAAAUGAUUCCUGGUCAACUAUGGCACCCCUGAGUGUUCCUCGAGAUGCUGUUGCUGUGUGUUCCCUUGGAGAGAAACUUUAUGUGGUUGGAGGAUAUGAUGGACACACUUAUUUGAACACUGUUGAGUCAUAUGAUGCUCAGAAAAAUGAAUGGAAUGAGGAAGUUCCUGUUAACAUUGGAAGAGCUGGUGCAUGUGUUGUGGUGAUGAAACUACCUUAAAAUUAUCUUUGUCAAGUAUAAUAAAACUGGGUAAUUUCAAGAAAGAGAAUAGUAAAA